AUGGCUGAUGAGCAAGCAGAAGCCUCGAGCUCCUCGGCAUGGAGCAAAACACUCGUGGCGGGGCCAUCACCAUAUCAUGAGUCAUCUCAAUACCGCGAUUGGCGAUACUCUCCGUCCCAGCUCACCUCGUUGAGAGAAGCGCUGAACAAGAAGAGCGUAGAGGUUGUUACUAGGAAUACGGAGCUGGAGAAGGAAGCUCAGAAGAAACUCGGUCAUGACUUUCAAGAUCCACCUCCACUGACGUCCUACCUCUCGGUCCAGGAUGAACAGCUGCUUCUCCGAUUCUACCUCUCUCAAGCAUCUACCAUCAUACGUCAGGGUUUUGGACUUCCAGAAGUGGUCGAGUCCACGGCCAUGUCAUAUUUGAAACGAUUCUAUCUUAAGAACAGCGUCAUGGAAUGGCAUCCCAGGAUCAUCAUGCCGACAUGUAUCUAUCUCGCGGCGAAGACGACCAAUUAUCCGGUCUUGAUGGAACACUUUACACCCAAAUUUGCAAAAUUGGACGCUCAAGAGAUCAUAGAUACAGAGUUUGUCGUGUCACAAUCGCUGAGCUUUCAAUUCUGGGUGCGAACGCCUGAAAAGGCUCUCAGAGGCUGGGCAUUGGAUCUUCAGACCAAGCCAAAGGCAGACGUAAAAGCAGUCAAGAAAUCAAUCUCAUCAGCUUUGACUUUUCUCUCAGCAUCUCGACUGACCGAUGCAGAGUUCAUUUUCACGCCUUCACAAAUCUCUUUGGCCGCAUUAAGACUCGCGGACAGAGGAUUGGUCGACGAAUACCUGGAAUGGAAGUACGAGGAGAAUGGGGAGACAACAUUCGGUCUGACCAAGGGUCGACUUGUCGAGAUACUUGUCGAACUGGAGGCCAUGAUCGAGACUGGAAAGACGGAGCUUGAUCGCAAAACGGUCAAGGACAUUGACAAGCGAUUGAAACAGUGUAGUAAUCCCGCGAAAAUACCAGGAACAGCUCUCUAUAUCCAACGGAAAGAAGAGCAGGCAAAGGAAGUGGCGGCUCAAAAGGCGGAGAAAACACUCAAGCUCAAAGAAGGCAUGUCUGAUCGGGAUAUGGUCUUUGGUGAUGUCAUCCGACCGACGCAGUCAAAGAAAGAUACCAAGACAUGGUCGCCACGCGUUACGAUGGGAUCAGAUCGACCAUUGGAUGGCGCCAAGAUGGAGCCAUCCGGCAUGGGCUUGAAGGACGAAGCCAUGGGCAAUCUAAUCGGCGGAGCUGGUUUGAGAGACAUCGGCAAGACGCAUGAGGACAUAUGA